AUGCAUCUGAGCAUAUUUGAGGGGAAUCGUAGGGAAGGGGACAUUGCCAGGAUCAGUGGCCUUGCCAAGGCCACGUCUUUGAAUGGCCAGAUCUGCUAUAUUCGCUCACCGAAGGGCGCAGAGCGCUAUGAUGUACAGCUGGUCGACGGAAGCAUGAAGGCCGUCAAGGCAGAGAAUUUGACUGUGCUGCCAACUGCCGGCAGCAAUGUUGCGACGUCGACUGCUGUCGAGGGCAUGCUCGUGCAGCGUGGGCCAUGUUGGAGCUGGGCCAAUCAGGAUGGAGGCUUGGGUUGUGUGGGCCAUGUGCUGAAGUCCGACUCCGAAACCGGUUGGGUGCGAGUGCGUUGGAACAGUGGCAAGACGAACCGCUACCGGGCAGGGGCUGAAGGCAAGCACGACCUUUGCUCCGCAGAUCCUUUCGAGCAUGAACGUGCUUGCUUUCAAGCUUUGCAGAAGGGCAAAGGUGCAAUCCGAGCUUGCCACUUGCAGUGCACUUUCGCUUAUCCACUCGGUGUCGAAGCUGCCCAUGUGAGUUUUUUCGAUAUCCGUGAUGAGGUUUGCUUGGCUGUUGGAGGGAACAGGCAUGGUCAGCGCGUCCAAGUCGGUGGACGGCAGGCUGUUGCAAUCGGUGUGGCUCCGCUCUCCGACUCCUCAGGAGAUGUGCAUCUGUACUAUCAUGUUGAUGGAGCUGAAGGAGCUGGGGUAUUCGAGGAUAGUGACGAGAGGCGAAUCAAGCCACUGCACCGCCAGAAGGUGAGAGAAGCCUCCCACCUCCCUUCCAAGGACAACAUGACCAUGCUAAAGCUGGCAAAAGAUGUGACUCCGACGUUCCGCUACAUACGUGCUGCCAACAGCCUGUUGGCUGCCUCGUUGGACCUUUUUGACAUCCGAGACGAGAUCUGCGUAUUGGUAGGCGGCUACAAGCAUGGACAAGUCAUCCUUGCCGGUGGUAUAUCAGGGUUGGUCAUCGGUGUUCUUUUGUACGAAGGCCUCCCGAUGCUGUUUCUCCACAUGGACGGUUUGCCAGGUGCCGGUACGUUCAACGAGCUCGCGGAGAUGAAGUUCAGAGUUGUGGGUUCGCGGGUGGUGGAAGAGACGCCUGCCGACUUUCUCGACGAACCGGAACCAUCACCCGAGGUCUUGGCGUUGGCAGCGCGCCUUCAAUGUGACUUCAGCUACCCCUGUGGCACCUUCUCUCCACAUCUCGACAGCUUCGAUAUACGAGAUGAAGUGUGCGCCGCAGUUGGAGGCUUUCUGCAUGGGCAGGUGGUUGAAUGCGAGGAUCUGGCCCGAGUACACAAGGAACUAUUCGAGAAGCACGGCGACAUACCCAAGCUGUACCGUGGCACGGUCAUCGGGGUUAAGCUCAACAGCCAGAGUGUUCCAGAAUUGAUGUUCCACCAAGAUGGCUGUGCCGGAGCAGGUACAUAUCCAAAAUACCACCUUUUCCGCAAGCAGCUCAAGGUCGUUGGACAAAAGUUGUUGGAGCCCGUUUCCGUGCCGCCGGAUCCCUCGUUCAGGCAACCGGGAAGUUCUACUCCAGCCUGGGAGCCGUGGGACUCGCUUCUGCAAGACUUCCUGCGGUCGAUGCAGGUCAGGUUUGCUCAAGAGUCCGAGAGCAGCACCUACUUGGAUCCAGACUUUGAGUAUGAUUACACCUUCCGCUACAUGCAGAAGAACUUGGUGCCGGGCCUCUUUGACAUCCGAGACGAAGUAUGCAUUGCGGUGGGGGGCUUCAAGCAUGGCGACGUUCUGAGCCACCCUGGCGGUACUGCAGUCGUCAUUGGGGUUCGGCCUGAUAAGCGCGGCAAGCCUCAGCUAUGGAUGCAUGACACCUCUGAACGUGGUGCCUUUAUCCUUGGCGACGGGGAGCAGCAGCUCCUUCGCCAUUGUGCGUCUGUGGUAGGGAAGAGGAAGCUGCAAGAGUUCCAGGAUCCGGAGCCCCAGACUUUCAGUGCUGAUUUCGUCCAAGGCUUGCAGUGUACUUUCCGGUAUCCAGUGGGCCGCAAGAAGGUUCGCCCUGCCUACUUCGACAUCCGUGACCACGUUUGCCUCGAGGUAGGUGGCUUCAAGCAUGGGGAAAAGCUCUUCUAUGAUGACAUGACCUUGGUUGUGGUCGGAGUGAUGCUCGUCAAAGGCAAGCCGACCAUGUUCUUUCAGCUGCUGGAGCCAUGCCGGCACCGAGGAGCUGGAACUCUGCGCCGAAUCGAUGUGGAGAAGGCCUACAUGAGGUUCAUCGGAAUGGAGCUGUUGCAGGAGGCAGCUUCGGAAGAUUUCGACAUGGAUGAAGCCUCGGAGUCAGAUGAUUCUUCCUCAGGCAGCGCGGCUGCUGCAACUCACAACAACGCCAACGUCCCAGCAACUACGCCCGCUUCUGAAACCCGGCCCAACGAGCCCGAGAUGUCCGGAUGUGCUGUUCUGCUGCAGCUGUCAAGAUGUGGCGCCAAAGUCAAGGAGGCCCUCCUGAGUUCAGCGGAUUUGGCCGAGUGUCGCCAAGACGUCUUGGAUGCCGGCUGCGAGAUCACUCCCGAGUGGGCGAACGGAGCUGUGCUACUUGCUCCCCUGACCGAGGAAAAAGCCACGGAAGCCGGAUUGAAGCUCCGCGCGCACCACGUCGUGGCUUUCGAGGGCGACACCGACCGCGUGCGAGCCGCUCUGCAAGGUCUGCCAUGCAAAUGGCGCCCUCGCAUAAAUGGACCCAGCAAGCUGGAGCAAGCCGCAGAGGAUCGGCCGAGACGUGCUGAAGGCGAUGCGGGCCCCUCUCAGAGCAGUGGCAGAAACCAG